CGUCAACCCUCCCCCACCCUUGCAGGCUCGCCUCCCAAGCGUCCGCCGCCGCCGUAUAUAACCCUCGCUCCCUCACCACCGCACACCGCAGCACUUGCGCUAUGUUCGCCACUCUUUUCCAGGUUACCCUCUUUUGCGCGAUCGCUCUCCAGGGUGUGCUCGCCGACUUCACCAUUGACACCCCACAGUUCACCCAGUGUGAGGCGGCCAACAUCACCUGGACCCAAUCCCAGGGCCCCUACGACCUCAUCAUUACCCCGGCGGAGGACCCUUGUGGUGAUGCAGUAGUCGACCUCGGCGAGAUCAACGGACUUUCUACGUCUUACACGGUCAACCUCGCUGCUGGAACCCAGGUCGUCCUCUCUCUCCAGGACUCCCAGGGCGAGGAGGCUUGGAGCGGUACCAUUACUGUUGAUGGUAGCGACAACACCUCCUGCCUGAACUCCACGUCCCCCACCGUUUCUACCGGUGGUACCACCAUGAGCGCCGGCGCAGCUAGCAGCACCCCCUUCGCACCCGCUGGCGCAGCCAACGCGGGCACCAACCCCAACUCGUCCGGUGCCAUGUCCACCCGUCCUCUUGGCGCUCUCUCGGCCAUUGGCGCCGUCGCCGUCGCCGCCGCUGCCUUCGUCCUCUAAACAUCCACGCCGACCGACACGACCAGCUCGACAGUCCGUUCCGCGUAGUACAUAUACCCCGCUGGCGGUCCCCCUUGUUUAUAUAGGGUGAAGCCGUGCGAAACCCUUGUUUAUACUCAGUGUUCAGCUGAUACCACCGUACCAACUGUCUACAACCUUUACCGCGCCCGGGGGCUGGUAGUUGUUAUUUCUUAUUUAUCAUGAUCACUGUCUGUCUGUCUGUUGCAACUGUGCAGGUCAAUGUUGUUUGUCUGCUGAUCUUGAUUUGUUCAGCAGCAUUAGUUGUGUCGAUUAGGUGUUUGUGUUCUAGAAGUCAAUUUAACCUUUUACGAUUUGCGAGC